AUGUUAAAGGCUGAUUUUGAGGACGCUCGAAUCUUUGGAGCUCGAGUUGCGGCCAUGCUUUGUGAUGGACAGGAUUCUGAUGAAGUCUUCAAAACUCUCGAAUGCACACAAGAAGGGAAGAAUCGGAAGGAAUUCGUAAAUAAAUGUGGCAGAAUGAAUUUGAGAAGCACGGACUGUGGGAAAUUCGCGGAACAAGCCAGUUGUGCAAUUGACGUGUUGAAUUGUGGAAAUGAGAAGGUGGUGAAAUUCUUGACCGAGGUAACUUUAAUU